UAUCGCCAGUCCGACUGGUGGAGGCCGCCCGCUGAAUACCAGUCGAUGCCGAGCGUAUGGCCAAGUACUAGCGACAAGUUCCAAUCAUUACCGAGUGCUGUGCGGAGGAAAUCUUUAACGCUGAUUUAAAAUGAUGAAUCUCGCUUUGCGGAUCUUUGUGGUGUUCGCUCCGUGCCUUUUGGUCCACCACGUGCACUCGGAAACGUUUCUCGACUCAGAACAAUCGGCCAACCUCGGGUUACCACAGAAACAGUUCUGGGAGAAAGAGGACGCAUCAUCGGACAGACGUGUGUGGUCUCCCAUCAUGGGAGACAACUCCAAUUUGAUUACUGACCCAGACCGGAAGUACUCGGAUACGAAACAAAGGCUCGACGACGCAUACACUAGCCAACUUUCGAAAAUUAAACAGACUUUGCUUGAAAAGAUAUCGUCGCGAAAGUUGUGGCUUCAACCCACGUCGUCCAACUCGCACGACGUUGACGAUAGACGGCCGGCCGUAAAAAGCCGAUACUGGCUGGCGCUCGCCCGGUGGAUGAAACAACAUGGCCGAUCACCGGAACCGGAAAUAGACGAAGAGGCGCAGCUUUCUGAUCUAGUUCCGCAUCCGCUUCAAAAAUCCGGAUCGCCAGAGAGAGUUGGAAUUCAUAAUUCGAAAAAAUCCGGGGCGCUAUCGAUAAACGGGGCUCUUUUGUCUUUAGCGGACCUCCUGAGUUCGGAAAGUCAACGACGAAAUCAGCAAGCGUUGAGGCAGCUUCACCAGCGUCUCUUAGUGGCGGGAAAACGCUAACGGCAUCAUGGGAUAGUCACAAUUCUCAAAAAGAUAAAAAAUAAAUAACAUCUGUAGAACGUCUGGAAAUCAUAGUUGAUUAAUAUUCGAAAUGUGGGUGUGUUUUGUGUUGUGUUCAAGUAGCUUGGAUACUUGUGAAAGGAAUGCCGUUAUAUCAUCUUGGGAUAGAAAAUGGUUUCUUUUCUUUCUUCCUUCUUUAUUUUCAAGAACGUGGUUCUGUGAAUUUGUAGUGAUAAAGCAAAAAAAUAACGCUUGUCAUUGAAGAUGGUGAAUGAAACGAUCACAGUCUUACCAAUCAAUAUCUAUUAAAUAUGGAACAUUUUGCAUCGAUAGAAUAAUAUAACAAAUUUCUCUUCUAUUAAACAUGAACUAUUUUACAUGAAUUGACUGUACAAAUUAAUUACACGUAAACUGUUAAGUAAUAGAGAGUUUUACUCACUUGUAGAUCAAAUCUGUAUUAUGGAUUAAAAUUGUUGGCAUCUACGAAUUAUGGGAAAUUACACUUGGUUUGUACAUAUCAAACUGA